CGCAUAACCUUGAUUUCGUAACGCAUACGGAGUGACAAAAAAAAAAUAAAAAAUAGAAAAAAUAGAAAGAAGAAAGAAAGAAAGAAAGAAAAAGGAAACCCUAAUAAAAUCCCCAUUUAUUGUGGCGCCAUGGCCAAUGUAUCUUUUCCCACUAUCUCUUCUCUUCUCUCUUAGGCCUUAGCAUGGAAACUCUCUUGUGACGGAAAAAACCAAGAACCGUUUCAGCUUCUAACAGUGCAAUUGCAUUACAUUACUUAAUGUAAUGGCAAGUGGAUGGGUGAAAUCGUUGCAUUGCAAGUCAAGAGCAUUUGAAGAUGUUUACCAUCCUACCCCCAGCAAAAUAUUGAUACCCAGUGCUAGCUGCAGGAGGAGCUUCCAGACCAUUAAAGAAAUGGUUGAUAUUCCAAAGCCCAUGCCGAAGCCCAAGCCCAUGCCAAAGCCCAUGCCGAGGUCAAGGAAAAACAAGAAUAGUCUUCUUGAGAAGCAUCCGAGUUCGAGAUACCCGGCGUCGACCAAGCCCGAAUUGGACACAGCUUUGGGUCCGAAGGCUUCCAUGAACCGCUCGCAGAGCACUGCAGCCACGUCAGCAAGGCCCGUGACAGAGCUGCCCGACGGGCAUCCUUCGAGGAAUGUAGUGGAGAUUAUAUUUCACACGAGUUGGGGCCCAAAACCGUUCCCGGGCCGUGUGGAGGUGAUAUUCAAGAUCCAGAACGGGGCCCGGACGGUUUCGCGGUUCGAGGAGUUUCGCGAGGGUGUUAAGGCCCGGGCCGCGGCAUGUUCUGCAGGCCUGAUGGGCGAGGAAGGGAGCAACUGGGAGAAGGAGAAUGCGCGGUGCGUGGCGGACGGGAAUGAGGUUAUGCGGUUCCAAUGCUUGGGUCCCACGGAGGACGGCGCCGCCGCGGUGUGGUCGUUUCCGGAGAGGAAGGGCUCGACAAUCUGCACGUUUUCCGGCAGUGGUGGUGCACACGAGAGCGCCGGCGGCGGCAGGGGAAGGAGGGCGAUGCUCGUUUGCCGGGUAGUUGCGGGUCGGGUCUCGAAGCAACUCGGGAUCGCUGACUCGGGGUUGGAGAAGCGAGUUGGGUUUGACUCGGUGAGUGGGGAAAACGGCGAGUUGUUAGUGUUCGACUCGCGGGCCGUGUUGCCCUGUUUUCUUAUUAUUUACAGAUUGUAAAGAAAAAUGGAAAGGAAAUUAUUUACCUUUCUUUCUUCCUUUAUUUUUUUUCUUAAAUAUUAUUUCUGUUUUAUUAUUUUUUUAUUGCGGGUUAAUGUAUGUAUGUUUGUUUAUUAUUAUCGGGGUUUCGACCAUUCUGAGAACUAAUUUUUUUUUAUAUUGUAAC